AUGGCCACUGCAACGCUCGUUUGCAGGGUGCAGUUCCUCGACGACACCGACCCUUUCAACAGCACCAAUUUCCCCGAGCCCACCAGGCCGCCGCUCUACACUUUCCGGGAGGAUAUCCCCCUGGGCACCCAGUUGGCCGGGGUGCACCGCCUGCUCAGAGCCCCGCAGAAGGUACGGGGGGGGGGCGUCGCGGAGGGAGGGGCUCCUGGGAAGAAUGCGGGUCGUUUUUUGCGGGAGGCUGGACCGGGCUGGAGACGGCAAGGGAAGACCCUCCAAAUGUGCAGCCCCUUGAAAGUGCGCGCGCAAACAAGAUCUUAA